CUUGAAAGCAGUACACAUACUUCCUUUUCUAGAGACAGAUCUGAAUAGGUCAGACACUAUGUAACACACAACCACUCCCAAUCUCAGCAGCCGCACCCACCGUGUGCCCCCAGCUGUAUCCAUUCACUUCUCCUCCGCUGGCUUUGUGAGCAGGACGUAUUUCUUGUGUGCAGAAUCCCAAGAAAGGUAUGAAUUCUAAACUCCAAAGCUUCUUUUAUUUAACGCUCUGCUGCGAUAGAACUUUAAUGCGCAGACUCGAUUUAUUGCAAAGUUCCAUCGUUUGCAGCUGCAAUCUGCCAAACAGUUAACGGUUACACUGUUGCAGAUGUGGCACCAUCUUUAACAGAAUGGAUUAAAUCCCUUAUGGACUGCCAUUCUCAUAAUGAUCAGUAUGGGUAGCUUGAGCCUUGUGGGGGUGGUAUUCCACUGCAGCUAGAGUAACAGAGGCUUCUAUUCUUUGUUCCUUUUUCCUAAUGUUGUUAAAACUUGUUCCUUUUUGCUAAUGUUGUAAAAACGCCCAUACGAUCAGCAGCUCUUAAACUACAAUUCCCACAAUCAUGUGUUAGUCUUUUAGCCUGUCAGAGAAUCAUGAUGUGAUGUGGCUAUAAAACAGCUGCAUGUUUACGUUUCUGCCAACCCAGUUCUAGUUUAAUUAAAUUAUUUUUGUAGAACGCUCAGAAAAUGAAUACUGAAGCAGUUUAAGAAAUAUAUGUAAGAUAUUAGAUUGCUCCUGUGAGUGAUAGGAGUGUAAAACACCCAAUUAGUGUACAGUAGUAUAUUGUUUAUUUCUGAGUGAGGUACACGUGGGCUGUAUUGCUAGGUGUGGUGUUGAUACUGCCAGCUGUGGCUUGUUUAUUUGCACUGCAAGGCCUACCAGGAGGUGACUAAUAUAAACUGUUACAUUCUCUAGGGCUGUACUGUAAGACUCUCUGUAAAUACUUUGAAGGAUUACCUUGCUAACUGCUCUGUUUAUAGCCUGGGGCGACUAAUAUUUACUUACUGGGGGUGUGGUUAUAGCCCUAAAUUUGUAAUAACCAUAAAUACACACAUUAGUGUAGAUCAGGGGCAAUGAACAUUGUAGCUCAGGGACCAUAACUACUGUGAUUUACUCUUUACCGGGCUGAGAAUUGUGGGAAAUUCAGUCCACCAAUCCAGAAUAUAGGAACUUUACAAUGAGUGAUUUGGACCAGAUAUUUUAACCCCAUUGCACAGCGUUGCGGAAUUUGUUGGCGCUUUAUAAAUAAUCAUUUUUUUUAAAUGGUGGGAACUUAUGCAAAAACACACUUCACAUUUUGUUUAUUAUGAAAUCUACUAUUGAUUAAUCUACAGUGUGACAUAACAUUUCUUGUUAGAGUGCAAAUUUAUUGCGUUCAGUAAUAAACAGGUUAUAUUUGAUUUAAUCUCUUACUGUUCUACUAUUCAAUCCAAUCCACUUUGAGUGUGGUUUAUAAAUCAAAUCAUUAAAAUAAAUAAUUCCACGCCAUGGAUUAUAUUCUUGAAACAGUGAAGUAAAAAAUAUAAGAAUUGCUGAUUUGGAAAACCAAAAAUCUUUUACUCUGUUAUAUAUAUUUUAUAUUCUUGCUAUAAUUUUUAAAUCCCUACAAUUCACUGUUAAGAAUAGAAACCUUUAAAUUGACAUUGCAUCUAAUAGUAUUUUUUUAAAUUGUAACACUGUCAGUCCAUACAUUAUGCUGUUUAUUCACUUAACAAUGCAUUGUACUGAACUGACAAUCAUAUUGAAACAUUUAGGCUGAAAUAGCCAAGCAGAGACAACAGCUGAUUUGGAGAAUAUUUAUAAAUCAGCUUUUUAUGUUUACAUCUUACAAUUUAGUUUUAACCUCACUGCAGUUCAGUGCAGUGAAUAACCCCCUUGUUUUGUGUUUUUUAGCCUAGGGCAACAAGUGUUGUCCUAGCGUGGAAGGAAAGGACAAAAGAGGGCAACAGGAUUUCUUUUUUUCUCUUCUCUUCAAAGGGGUUGGCUGCUCAAUGAAUGUCUCGUCCACUUUGCUAAUUCUGGUGGAGUGAUGUGCUUUUACCUGCAUCUUGUUAUCAGGCAACCCUAGGGAGGCGCCUAGAACCCAGGGGCAAGGGACCGGCAAACAUUCCUUUGCUUGGCCCCAUUAACCAAGGGAACAUAUAACUUUUCUGGCUUAGUGCAUCCAACAUGCAUAAUACAUUAGUACAGCGCUUUGGAAUUUGUUGGUGCUAUAUAAAUAAUAACCUCAGAGUAAAGCAUGUUGGGUAUUUCUGUCACGCUAUCACUGUUGCAUUCAAUCAGGGCAGGGAAAGCCACUGACUGUUAAAUUACAUUUCACGUGUUGUCCUUCCUUAAAUAGCUUAAUUUAUGUGUUUCUUUUAUGAAAAUAAAUCCCGUCCAGGUCUUUGGUUAAUAAUACAAUAAAGCAGAUUUUGCUGUGUAGAUGUGUGAAAUGUCCCCCUAGCAGAAUAAUAAAUAUGUGUCGGAGACUUUACUGUCUAAAUAGCUUAAAUUUGAAUGUAACGUGUCAUGUAGGCUUAUAAUCAAAGAAGAGCAAACGGCAUAGGCAGCUUUUACUAGUAACGCAACUUGGGUGUGGCAAGUGAUUAAUGUAUAUUUUAAAGCUAGUGGGGUUGCAACUGUGGCUAUUUUGAGCAGACCUAAAGCUGGUCUGUAAAUAGAACAUUCUCAGAGUGUUUUACCCCAGUUGGAGACAGACAUAUUAGGGUUAUUCAUUAAAACGAGAAUUCAAAUUUAGACACAACUGGGUAAUCCCUAAAUCCUGGACUGGUAAGGGCACCUUGAGGACUCUCCAGUGGUUAUAAUGAGAGGAGUGCUUUGCACCAUUCCAAAAUAAACAAUCAAACAGUUUUCUGUGUGGUUAUCAGGGCUCGAGUCCUGCAGGAACGUGAUUGAAUGGUGUUCCUGCACUUUUUUUUAGAGCGCCCUUCCCGUUUGUGGUCCUGCAGGCACUCAGGGGGCGGCAAAAAAUGCUGCCCCCAAAUGCCCCCCUUGUACCCCCUGUCAUAGGGGGGCACAAGAGGUGGCCUGAUGGCCACCUGGUGGACCCUCCCCGGCGGGCUCUUGUCUCGCUGACAGACGCGGCGAGGGAGCUGUGUCCUCUCUGCUCCCUUGCGCCAUUUGCUGAUGCCGGGAGCCUGAAUAUGACGUCAUAUUCCGGCUCCCUGCAUCAGUAGACAGCCCGCGCGGGGAGAGGGAGCAGAGAGGACACAGCUCCCUCGCCGCGGCUGACAGCGAGACAAGAGCCCGCCGCACUGAAGCACCACUGGACCCAAGGGACAGGUCCAUGCCAGCUCUUCAGGUAGGGAGGCUGGGUGGACAUUUUUAAAUUAAAAAAAAUAUUAAUAAUUUGUGUGUGUGUCUGUGAGUGUAUGUGUGCACCUGAGUGUGUGUGUGUAUGUGUACGCAUUUAUAUAUGCAUACAAGAGUUUGUGGGGGGGGGGUGGAGUUUGGGUGGGGAGGUGGAACUCCCACGCUUUAUUUCCCAGGACUUGACCCCUGGUGGUUAUGGUCAUUUGAGUGUUCUUUUAAUGAAUAAUGUUCAAUUAGAGAUUUUUUUUUUCUAACUCUACAAUUGCUCGGAAAUUUAUUAACCACAAUUUGCUUUUGAAGUGCAGAAAUAAGCGUAUUUAGCUUCUGCUUAUUCUUACUGGUCUUAAACAAAUGGAAAUGUAUAAUGAUACAAUUGCUGCACAUAUAUGUAGGGUAAAGAGGAUGUUUUAAGGGGCAAUGUAAUCACAUAAUUACUAGAGUACUAUGUAGUGGUUAUGGUGCUAGAAAUCUCCUGGCACUGUCCCUUGGUAAAUAUUUUAACCACUUUCGAACAUUUAACAGUUACUCGGCUCUCCCUGGUAGCCCCUGCUUUUCUGCUUUUGCAUUACAUGUGUGAAUUUUGUCCACAUUUAUAAGAAUUAUUGACUAAAAGCAUCAGCUGAAUUGAUGCCACUAAAGCAAAAGCAGGAACGUUUGUUUUAGCAAUAUUAAAAGAGGGACAGGAUGGAAAGCACCCGAUCGACCCAGGUAAGUGAUAUACUGUUGGAAAAUGGUUUGACUUCUUCCUGUUGGACAGUGCCAGGGAGUCUGCAGUUGUUCGUUAUAAGGCCCCUGUAAAGGGACACUCCAGACCUCUACAGCACUUUAGUUUGCCGAAAAGUUUUAUGUGUAAGAGUGUGUCCUCUUUAUUUCAUUUAAAAAAUCAAAAGAGCAGAUUUCAACAGAAAUUGACACUUCUAUAAAUUAACCUGGUUACACCCACUUGCUUUUCACACAGGUCUUGUUACUUCCUGGUUUGGUUAGCUCAGUGGAGCUAAACUCAAUGUGUCAAUUGCCCAGGGCACCUGCCUUGCAAAGACUUCUCACUGAGCUGCAUUGGGAAGUCUGUGAUUGGACAGCCACAAAAAGUCUGGGCGUGGUUAGAAGGGGAGAGUUUGCUACGGCAGAACUGCACCUUUUGCAAGCUGUUUUUAGAUGUACCUCAAUGAAAAAAUGCAUAAUUCAAUGCAUGCAAAUAUUAAUUUGGGGUGUAUCUACUAAACAAAGAUUUUUUACAAAAUUUCUUUUGUAUUUGGACAAUUGAGUGUCCCUUUAAAUAAUAUGGGUGGAACAGCCUUUAUUGGACUCAUACAGAACAUAUUGGAGAGUAUUAAUAAUACAAUUAAAUAAUGGUUCUCUUUUUUUAUUUUAUUUUUAUUUAUUUUUUUUAUAUAUCUUAGAAGUUUAGUAAUAACCUAUUUUUUAUGCAGGGAAAAUAAAAAAAUGGAAAUGGUCAUAUUUUCCUAAUAAAUUAGGUGAUGUCAUACUCGCCAAGAAGCCUGCAGGAUCUUUAGAUAUUUUUUCCACUUUUAGAAUUGGAGAGGAAAAGGAUAGCCAGGAGAUUUGUGGUUAGUGAGAGAAAGAGAGACUCUUUGCUGUAUUUCAGAGUCACAAUUCAUUUCUCAAUGACAUUACUGGUUAUGAAUUGUUACAUUAUUAUGAUUUAAAUAAUGUCUACUGUCUACUCCUUAUUUAGCAAGCCGUAACUGAAGUUUCAUGUUGAUACUGACGUUUUGAUUUGCAAUCAGGACUGUCCCACCAAAAUCAGAACAGUUGGAAGGCCUUUAAUUUUCCACCAUAGGACUUUAAGAGCAACUAGGUAGCUCUCCUUGAGGGCAUUUGGGCAAGGGCUUCCUCAGCAUCCUCCUUGAUAUAGCCAUGCAGCUGUCACAAGAAUGAUUUAUAAGACUGGUAGGUUGAAAUGUGUUUCUAAAUGCUAAGGCAUUUAGAAUGUUUCUUUCUCCUUUUUUUUUAUACCCAGAGUUAACACUAUAGGGUAAGGAACACAAAAACGUACUCCUGAAAAAAAACUAUACACCCCCUGUCGCCCCGCCUUGCCUCCCUUAAUAUAGCACAAACUUAUCUUAAUUCCUGUCUGCUGCUUUUUGCGCUGCCUCUGAUCUGCCUCCUUGGCUGACAUCACCAGUAGUGGUGAUCUCAGCCAAUCACAAUGUUUUGCCAUAGGAAAGCAUUGGGCUGGCUGAGAUUGUCAAGGAAGCAGAUCAGGGUCAGAGUAAGCACAAGCCAAACGCAGCCCUGGCCAAUCAGCAUCUCCUCAUAGAGAUGCAUUGACUCAGUGCAUCUCCAUGCAGAGGGUGGAGACACUGAAUGUCAGUGUUGCACACUGUGCAGCACUGCCCCAGGAAGCCCUUCUAGUGGCUAUCCGAGGAGUGGCCACUGGAGGUACCCCCUGGCUGUAAUGUAAACACUGCAUUUUCAGUGAAAUUGACAGUGUUCACUGCAAAAAGCCUGCAGGGACUGACUACACACCCGAGAACAAAUACAAUAAGCUGUAUUUGUUUUGGUGACCAUAGUGUCCCUUUUAAGUAAAAUUUGUAUUUAGGCAUCAAGCUCACUUUAAGCAUCUCUGGAGCCAGGUUUGUUCUCUUUCAACAGAAGUGUAACUACAUCUGGGUGACAUGAUACAGAACAGCCUUGCUUCAUUAGAGAUUGUUUAAUUUAUAACACAGGAUGCUUACGUAAUAGAAAUAUUAAAAAGCUCUCACAGUGCAUUUUAUGAGGGCGUGCACUAUGGAAAAUUACUUAUUUUUCUUUUUUGAGCAGAGUAAAUUUCUGAUGGUUACUAAGUCAAAAGAACAUUUAUUUUUGCUUCUUCAAAUUAACCUCUUCAAGGACUAUAAUGAUAUCACUGCUGUAAUUAAACUAUUCAGAAAUGGGAUCAGUACAGCAGCAGUUAAGCAUCCCAACUACUUAAUUCCCCUUACUAAGUAGAUAUUUAAACAUUCUAAAAAAUGUCCAAGCUUUCCCUUAUUUUAAAGUUGUACUAUUGCUAGCUAUCGAUUUCUUGUGAUCACAAUUAUUUUAGGUGUAAAUUGACUCUUUUUAUAAUUCUUUAUUAUUGUUGUGCACAUAUAACAAUACAGGCAUGCGUUGCCACAACAGCAUUAGCACACAUUAGGAUUACAUAUUAUUAAGAACAGUGUGGCUGUGGGAUUGCACAUUUUUUACAUGUUGUAGGACAGUAUACUUUAGGGUUAGACAGAAGAGGAGCUUAGAAGGCUUGUGGUAGGCUUGGUGUCUGUGUUUGUGGUUUAGUAUAAGGAAAGAGAACAGGCUAUACAUUAGGUAGAACUCUCUGUAACAUACUAGAUAGUGAAAGGACAGGCUGCAACAGAAGAAACAUAGCUAGUACUCUAUAAAGAGAGGAAUAGGGGCAAGAAAUAAUAACCACUGGAUUGCUUGUAAAAACAUGUCAACGUAGUAAGUGGGCACAGCAAGCGUUGCCUGCUUAUUGUGAAUGUUUCUGGAGGGCUGCUUAGCCUAUGCCAAGAGAUGGGAGGCUGCAGAUACUUAAUAGCCAUAGUCCAUUUAGCCCUGUGUUGGGGUCUCUCCAUUCACGGGUACUGCUGUACUCCUGUGUUUUUCUGUCCAGGCUCCGGUACAGACCAUUACCUGGUUCAUGGCUUCUGGGUCCUUUCUGUUUUACUCCCCUCUCCUUCCCAGUCUCUCUCUUCCCCCUCUGCCUCUUUCACCCCCUUUCCCUGUGUCUCUUCCUCCUCCCCAUCUCUCUCCCUCCCCCCUUUCCCUGUGUCUCUCCCCUCCUCCCCAUCUCUCUCCCUCCCCUUUUCCCUGUGUCUCUCCCCUCCUCCCCAUCUCUUUCCCUCCCCCCUUUCCCUGUGUCUCUCUCCAUCUCUCUCCCUCCCCCCUUUUCCUGUGAUCUCUCUCCAUCUCUCUCCCUCCCCAUUUCCUGUGUCUCUCCCCAUCUCUCUCCCUCCCCCCUUUCCCUGUGUCUCUCCCCAUCUCUCUCCCUCCCCCCUUUCCCUGUGUCUCUCCCCUCCUCCCUCCCCUCCCCCCCUUUCCCUGUGUCUCUCCCCAUCUCUCUCCCUACCCCUUUCCCUGUAUCUCUCCCCCCUUUCCUUGUGUCUCUCCUCUCCUCCCAUCUCUCUCCUACCCCUUUCCCUGUAUCUCUCCCCAUCCUCUCAUCCCCCCUUUCCUUUGUCUCCUCCUCCCCUUUACCUGGAGAAGUCAGGGGGCCGACCUUGUUCCUGGCUGGAGCCGCCGGGCCGGGUGGCAGCUUCACCGGUCCGGCGGCCCUGCUCCUGUCACUGCUGUGGCUGAUGGAGGAGGAGCAUGUCUCUGUACCAUGCUCCCUCCCGGUUCCUGUGCCAGGAACCGCGAGGGAGCAUGGUAUAGAGACAUGCUCCUCCUCCAUCAGCCACAGCAGUGAGAGGAGUGCCGCCGGACCGGGGAAGCUGCCACCCAGCCCGGCGGCUCCAGCCAGGAACGCGGCCGGCCCCCAGGUGCCACGGCCCACCGGGAAAUUUCCCGGUAUCCCGGUGGGCCGGACCGGCCCUGCAGUUACACCACAUGACCACACACCACACAGGCCCGCCACAACGUCAAUGUACCCCAUCUUUGGCAGGUCAUUUUUACUGUACUUAUUGGGCCCCCAAUUUAAGCAUGUUCAGGUGAGUGCAGCCAGUCCCUUGUUUCUAUAUAUAUAUAUUUAGGAGUCUAGCCAGCUCCUUGGUUUUGCACCCCUCCCUGUCACAGGUGCCUCAUCUCAGAACCCUAUUUAGCCUUGUACUGCAGAGAACUCGAGAUGGAAGGAUUUCCCCAAGUGAGUAGCUCAUUUAGUAGACAGUUGGUUGUAAGAGUAGGACCUGCCAAAGAUGGGGUACAUUGACGUUGUGGCGGGCUUGUGCGGUGUGUGGUCAUGUGGGCUCCCAUUGUUUUUUGCCUGGAUUGGGCAUUUUUGGUAAAACUAGCAAGAUCUGUCAGCACCAAAGUAGCUGUUUAGUAGAUAAGGGAGUGCGCUGGAUUUUCAUUCUCUCUCUCUCUCUCUCUCUCUCUCUAUAUAUAUCUCUAUAUACACACACACACACACACCCCUGCAUUUCAACGUCAACACUUCAUACAAACUCCAUUAUAUAUAACCACAACACUGCAUUCAAAAACCACGCUACAUAGAAAUGCAUGCCUGUAUUCAAAUGUCGACACACACCCAACAUUCACUCAAACAUACUCCAUACAAAAACAUGCUUACAUUCAAAAGCAUAAACACUGCUUAGUGCUAAAUAAUUAUUUAUUUUUUAUAAAUUGCGGUUGUUUUUUUACAUUUUAAAGUUUGGGGGGUGGGAGGGUGUGCCAAAAAUAGGACAAAUGAUCUAGGUACCAAAUGCUCUAGGUAUGAUGAGAAAAAUAAAAAUAAAUUUGCGGCGGGGGCGGGGCUUACGUGCGGCGGGGGCGGAGCUUAGCUGCGGCGGGGGCCUGGCUGACUGCAGCAUGGGAAGCAGGAAGGAGUUCCUGCUUCCCCAACAACCAGCCUCCAGGAGCUCCAAGCAGGAGAGAAGAAGCAGGUCAGUGUGUGACUGUCUGUGUCUGUGUGACUGUGAGUGUGUGACUGUGUGUGUGUGUGUGUGACUGUCUGUAUGACUGUGUGUGUGUGUGACUGUGUGUGUGUGUUUUAACCCCUUUCCUCUCCCCAGAGCCGGGCGGGAGUCCCUGAGUGUGUGUGUGUCUGUCUGUGUGUGUGUCUGUCUGUGUGUGUGUCUGUCUGUGUGAGUGUGUGACUGUGUGUGUGUGUGUGUGUGACUGUGUGUGAGUGUGUUGCUGUCUGCCUGUCCUUGUAUGUGUGGGUGUUUGCCUCGAUGUCAGUGACUGUGAGUGUGUGACUGUCUGCCUGUGUGUCUGUGUGUGUGUGACUGUCUGCCUGUGUGUGACUGCCUGUGUGUUUGAGUGUGUGGCUGUCUGCCUGUCUUUGUAUGUGUGGGUGUUUGCCUCGGUGUCAGUGACUGUCUGUGUGAGUGUGUGACUGUCUGCCUGUGUGUGCGUGACUGUCUGCCUGUGUGUGUGUGUGUGUGACUGUCUGCCUGUGUGUGUGUGUGUGGCUGUCUGCCUGUCUUUGUAUGUGUGGGUGUUUGCCUCGGUAUCAGUGACUGUCUGCCGGUGUGUGUGGCUGUCUGCCUGGGUGUCAGUGACUGGCUGCCUGUGUGUGUGUGUGUGUGUGUGUGUGGCUGUCUGCCUGGGUGUCAGUGACUGCCUGCCUCUGUGUGUGUGUGUGUGUGUGUGCGCGCAUCUGCUAGUGAGGAAGCCUCUGUGUGUGUGUGUGUGUCUGCUAGUGAGUGAGCUUGUAUGUGUGUCAGUGAGCUUGUCUGUAGGGACCAUAUGUGUGUGUGUUAGUGAGCUUGUCUGUAAGGAGCAUGGGUGUGUCGGAGCCUGUCGGUGGUGAGCAUGUGUGUACAGUGAGCUUGUCUGUAGUAAGCAUGAGUGUGAUCGUGAGCUUGUCUGUAGUGACCAUAUGUGUGUCAGUGAGCUUGUCUGUAGUGAGCAUGUGUGUGUCAGUGAGCUUGUCUGUAGUGAAUCUGUGUGUUAGUGAGCUCUUCUGUAGGGAGCGUGUGUGUCAAUGGGCUUGUCUGUAGGGAGAGUGUGUGCGCAUCAAUGAGCUUGUCUGUAGUGAGCGUGUGUGUGUGACAGUGAGCUUGUCUAUAGUAAGCUUGUGUGUGUGUAUCAGAGUUUGUCUGUACUAAAGUUGUGUGUGUGCCAGUAACCUUGUCUGUGUGUGUCAUUGUCUGUGAAUGAGCCUAUUUGUGUGCAUCAGUAAGAUUGUCUGUCUGUGUGUGAGUAUGCUUUACUGUAUAAUUUAAUUACCCUAAAAGAACUAAUUUUUGAAUUAGAAGAAGAAAUGUAUUAAUAAAAAAAUAAAAAAUAUAUAUACUGUUGCAUCACCAGGGCUCCAGUAUCCAGUAUAUAUAUAUAGGCAAUUGAAAUAGUUGGCUGCACUCUCGGAUUUCCUUAAAAUUUUACUUUUAUUGAAAUAUUUAAGAGAAGAUCAACGUUUCAGUCCCUCUUGUGGACUUGCAUCAGGAUCAUGACGAAAGUCCACAAGAGGGACUGAAACAUUGAUCUUCUCUUAAAUAUUUCAAUAAAAGUUACAUUUUCAGGAAAUCCGAGAGUGCAGCCAACUAUUUAAAUUGCCUAUAUAUAUAUAUAUAUAUAUAUAUAUAUAUAUAACACCCUACAUAGCACAAUGACUUAUGGGGCUGGCAUAGAUUUUUUUCCAGGGCUGCUUCGUAUCCCCAGUCCGGCCCUGGACAUAUUCCCUCCAAAAAGCGCUCUCUUGGCAGAUUGCAAAGUAGCUCAAAACCCUGGAACAAAUUGCCCGGGAACUGCACGGUCCCCUCAUGUCAAAGUCCUCAUACUGAAAUGAGUUCCAUAGCGGUCGCGGCUAAGUAUCGCUGAGGACCAUUUGUGGGUUUGGUUCAUGCGAGUGGCCGCCAGGGAGCUAGUGUUCGGUUCCAUUAAAAUGCAAAGAAAGUGCUGAACCGGGGCACCCAAGGAAAUGGUGACUGGGCAGUGUAACUCCCGAACUGUGUCUCAUACCUGGACUAUAGUUGGUGGGCAGGAGGCCAACUUCCACUCUCCUCCAGGAGUCUAUGGCAAACGUUUGUGGGAAGGAGCGUUUGUUACAGUGGUCUUUCAUAAAAAAGGUCUCACAGCUGUAAUACACAUGAGAGCAAAAAAAACAGCCAUUAGAUCAAAGAAAUAUGCCAGAGAAGCUCAGAGUUGGAGCUUGAGGCAUCAAACGGGGGGAGACUACAAAAUAUUAUCUGCUGCACUGACGGUUCCAAAAAGCGCAGAGGCCUCUUUCAAUUCUUAAAUGGAAGAAAUUCAGAACAACCAGAACAGGGCGCCCAUCCAAACUGAGAAGUUGUGGAGAAGGGCCUUGGUAACAGGUGUGACAAAGAACCUGAUGGUUACUCUAUGUCAGGGCUGCCCAACAGGUAGAUCUCAGAUAUUUAUAGAACAUAACUCACAUAAUGCUUUGCAUGUGUUUAGAAUGACAAAGCAUCAUGGGAGUUGUAGUUCUAUAACAUUUGGGGAUUUACCUAUUGGCAGCCCUGCUCUAAGUGAUCUCUCCAGAGAUCAUGUGGAGAUAGUAGGGAAAGAGACUAGGAGACGGGUCAGAGCUGAGAGGAAGCUGAACACAGCAAAAUAACUAUGUAUCCCUAAUGAAAACUAGAGCGCUCCAGACCUCAGCCUGGGCUGAAGGUUCACUUUCCAAUUGGACAGUGACCCUAGGUACACAGCCAAGACAACGCAAGUGUGGCUUAGGGACAACUCUGUGAAUGUCCUUGAGUAGCCCCGGCAGAGCCCGUACUUGAUCCCAAUAAAACAUCUCUGGAGAGACCUCAAAAUGGCUGUCCUGAGGUGCCCCCAUCCAACCUGAGUUAGAUCUACAGAGAAGAAUAGCCAAAGCUACUCAAAUCCACGCGUGCAAUACUUUUCUUGUCAUACCCUAAAAGACUUGAGGUUGUAAUUGCUGCUAAAGAUGCUUCAACUAGUACUGAGUUAAAGGGACACUCCAAGCACCAAAACAUAAAUGAUGUUAUGGUGCCUGGAGGCACUCUUACCUAAAGGGGUUAAACAGUUCUUGAACAUUUAACCCAAAAGUUGCCUCCAACUUCGAUGUCCACUUCCCCAAGGCUUCAUUUUCAGAUUCAGGAAGCUGAGUGCUGCCGGGCAGGGGCGCCGCUGAAAGUGAUAAGAUGACGCUCUCAGCCAAUCAGUGAUUCCCCAUUUACUAUACUUGGUUGGAAAAGGUAUGCUUCCUAUCUAAAACUUCAGAAGUCAGAUGCUGCCGUGGGUAAGGGAGUGGAGAUUGGGGUAACCUUUUGAGGUAAGCGUUCCUCUGGGGGCAUCCUGGCACCAUAACAACUUCAUUUAGAUAGUUAUUUUGGUGCCUGAAGUGUCCCUUUAAAGCUCUGAAUACUUAUGGCAAUGUGAUACUUUAGGUUUGAGUUUUUUAAAAUAAAUGUGUAAGUUUUCAAACACUGUUUUUUUUUUUGUUUUUUUUUUAUUUGCCAUUAUGGAUUACCUAGUGUUGACUAAUAUGGGGGAACAUUUUUUUAAAGGUUUGCUUCAUCCACCAUAACCACUUCUCAUUUUAGAAGUGAUCAUGGUGGUAGAAAUCAAGCUGAAACACUGCACAUACAUGGUAAUCUUCAUUUUUGUGCUAGUUGCAUUUAAAGGCUGCCUAAUUUGAAAUAUGUGCAAAAUGUAUAUCUGUUGGCAAGACAGGAGGCACAGUGCACUGGCAACAGACAUAAUGAGCUAAUCGAAAAAUUUACAUUAUUUAUGCUAUGAGCUGGUGAAACAGUUUGAAAUGCUUUGAUUGGACCACCAAAGUGGUUUUGGAUAUGGAGCAUGAAAUUCAGUGCGGGGAGAUUAGGCUAGGGAAAUGAAGGUCUCUGAAUAUUAUAUAUGUACAUAUGUUUGUUUUGUUUUUUUUGGUUGGUUUUUUUAUGAUAAGUUUUAAUGAUGUUAAGCCUGUGGUUUAAACUGUACUUCUGAUUGUGGUUGUUGCUUCUGGGUUUAAGCAGCACUGUCACUUUGAGAUUGUUGAGUUUUAGGAAAGACAGACAGGCUUAUUUACUAAAUUUAAGGAAUAUCAGCAGCAAAUUUUAAAUCAAGGCUAAAGUUGCUGAACUGGAAGCGUAGCUGACUUAGAGGAUGUUUCUAGAUCUUCUUGUUUGGUCUAAAUUGUAAAUUUCACUUUGAAUUCCUGACAAUUCUUACUUUAAUAAAUCACCCGGAGAAUCUAUAUGAAAAUCACUGACUGUGUUUGCAAUUCCAAUGUGUGCAGAUACACAUGACGGUAUAGAUUUAUAACCUUUAUUACCACAACCAAUCCCUAAAUCACCCCAAAUAAGACUUGGACAAAUUACUGUGGACUAAAGUUAUUGACCAUAGCAUUAUUAAUGGACAACCAGCAUUUAACAUGAACGUUGACUUGACACUAAGGGGUAAGACCUUAUUUUAUAGGCCACAAAAAUAUUGUAAACUAAUUGCUAGGUGACUCACAUACAAACUUAAUGGCCCAGCCCUGCAGUCAUAAACCACUUCCCUUUGCUAUAGUGAAACUUAGUUUUCACAACAUAGCCACAACCCCUCAGGAUGUGGUUUUGAUAUUUGCCUCGAGUGAAGGAUAGUUCAAUAAAUGUAUGCAGCAUAGGGGGUUUAUUGGAAGCCUAUAACGCUCUCUAGUGUUUAGUGAUGUGCUUGACACACAUUGACAUGUGCAUCCCAGCCCCUUAUGAUGUAGGGGUCUAGUUCUCUCCCCUGGUAUGGGAGUUGACAUAAAAACAAAGAAGUGUUACAAACUAAGCUUACUUUUUGAAGCAACCCAGCCCUGAAUGUUUAAAGGAACUUCAAUUUUAUUUUUAAAUAGAAAGUCAUGGGUGCAUGCCAAACACUAGUUCUUACAGUAACAUGCUGUCAUUUUAGAAUGUUUACAUUGUUAAUAUUGUUAGAAUGUGUUCUGACUUAGUAUUUCAGUUUAUCUCACAUUUUAUGUUCUGAAGAUUUAAUGAGGUGACUUUGAAAUAAAAGCUUCUGUCUCAGACAGUGGGCCCCAACCUUGGAACUGUCCUCCAUUAUUUCUCUCCAUGUUUAUUCCUGGCAAUGAGUCAGAGGGAGGAAUGUUCUUUUUUUUUUCUUUCUUAACAAGAGAAAUCAUUUAAAGGCAAUGCGUUGUAUGAAAUGUCACAGUCUAUCUAAAGUGACACUGUCAACAAAAAUAAACGUUAUGUAAUACAGAUCUUUUUACAGCACUAUAUUCUUCAUAAAAUGCAGUUAAGUUCAUGAUACCUGACAAUAAGUCUUAAUCGAGGUUCUAUUUAAUAUUUUGGAGAGACACUAAUACUGUGUGCAGAUACCAGGAGCUGGCCUAGAAUAUGGCUAAAAUGGGUAAAGAUAUGGAUACAAGAGAGGAUGUGUAUACAAUGGUACUGUGUCUUUAAAAGAGAACUAAAAUUCACAGGAAAAUGUAAAAACGAGAUAAAUAGACAGAAUCAAAUAGUUUAGAUAAGAUAUAUGUGGAUUGAGGAUAAACAUCUUGUAAAUAAAUAAUACAUGAAAUAAAUAGAUACAUAAAUAGAUGAAUGGAUAAAUAUAUGUCUAAAGCAAAUUAUGCAGUGCAAGUGCCUCUAUUGCUGCUAUAGAACAGAAUGGCUGGCACGUGUACUAGAUUAUAUACUUUGUAUCUUUCAAAGAUGCAGAUGAAAAAAGUACAAACAUUUAAUAAUAUAGCAAUACAGUAUAUGGAACUGUAGGCUAAAGAUGUUACACAAUGUAACAACAAUUAGUAGACAUGCAUCAGGACUUAGAUCCGGCAUAUACGCAUCAUUUGAAGUCAGUACUCCCUCAGGACCUGUUGGUUUGUUUACUGAAUUGGAGCCGUCUACAGCACACGUUCCUCCGGAGUGUGGCUCCCGCUGGGACGCAUGCUGAACAAACACGCUGUCCUCACCGGCGGUAUCAUUACAAGCGGCAACUGAGAAAUUCAAUCCACAUCCAUCAGAAAAUAAUCCGAAGGUCUCUGAAUAUUUCUGACUUCUAUAUGACUGGUAAUACCUGUAUGAACUUUUCCUGAAUCAUAUUUUUUUAAUAUAUAUUUUUCAUAGUUUAUCUUUUGUCUAAUAAACUGGUUUUUACUCUUAUCCAGUUUCCGAACCAUUGCUUUCUACUAAUUGUUGUUACAUUGUGUAACAUCUUUAGCCUACAGUUCCAUAUACUGUAUUGCUAUAUUAUUACACUUUUGUACUUUUUUUCAUCUGCAUCUACAAAGUAUAUAAUCUGGUACAAGUGCCAGCCAUUCUCUUCUAUAGCAGAAAUAGAGGCACUUGCACUGCAUAUUUUGCAUUAGACAUAUAUUUAUCCAUUCAUCUAUUUAUUUCAUGUAUUAUUUAUUUACAAGAUGUUUAUCCUCCAUCCACAUAUAUCUUAUCUAAACUAUUACUCAAAUCUAUCUAUCUCGUUUUUACAUUUUCCUGUGAAUUUGUUAUCUUUUAAAGACACAGUACCAUUGUAUACAUAUCCUCUCGUGUCCAUAUCUUUACCCAUUUUAGCCAUAUUCUUGGCCAGCUCCUGGUAUCAGCACACAGUAUUAGUGUCUCUCCAUAGUAUCUCUUUCAUAGGUUUUAGUGGAUCCCUAUUUAUUUCCAGUUUUUUGAGCGGCCUAGUGCCAGUCCUACUCCCUCACUCCUGUUUAACACAUUAGGUGUACCAGAACCAACUAUCUCUAUUUCAUAUUUACCCACAAGCUAUCAGUACUAAAAAUUUAUCUUUAGGGCAAACUGUAGUUAUCAUGGACAGAUGAGCACAAAUGGCUGCACCCAGAUACCAAGAUCCAAAGGAAAGGAUAAUAAAAAUCAAUAAAGGCAAGUGGAAACAGGGGAUAAGAUACUCUAGGCACCAUGAUAACUUCAUUGAUUUCAAGUGGUCAUGGUGCCCAGAGUCUGUAUGUGCAUAAAAAAAGCUGCAUAUACUGAGUUUAACCACACAGCAGGUCUGUCAGCGUCAUUGCUUACCUCCCAAGUGCCAAUACUAAGGAGGGACCAUCACUUUUUUGAGCCAAAAUGCCUCUGACUCUCUUUUCCAUCAAGUUGGCCCUUUUUCCCUUAGUUCAUUAAAAUAGGAUCUUUAUGUGGACGGAGCUAGCAUCGAACUGGAGAGGUUGCACUCUGAGCUCCGCGACACUUCUGUAGAAACUGCAGUAACCCAGCUGAAAUACUUACCUGGAGGGGGUGGAAACAAGACCCUAGACUGGCUCUUAGUCAUGGGUCGCAAGACUAAAAAUUCCAGGUGAGCCGAGAUAUUGGCAACCUCCUUCAAAGUUCAAAACAGGCCACAUGGUCCAACAUGGUGCCGCAGGACGUUGAAUCCGCUAACUUACCUGAGGACUUCGCUGCGGCACUGGAGACAAGUGCUUCCAGCAGUAAGCAGACUGUGAUGGAACCGGCCUCUGUUGCUGAAAAUAGAGAGCCUGUCACGGUAACCCUGCUUAAAUCUAUGCAAAAUUGCAGCCAACAUCUCCCAAUUUAAAACAGCCAUGGAAAAUGCCAACUCAAGGAUAACAAACCUUGAGGCUACUGCUACCACUCAAGACACAAAGAUGGCGGCGUCUGUGGAGCAAAAACUGGAAGAAAUCCAGAUGGCCCAGUGAACCAUGGAGACCCAAAUGGAAAUACUGGAAGACCAAAGAAGACGCUACAACUUGAAACUUAGGGUCAUCCCUGACUCAAUUGGCACAGAGGAGCUGCCACACUACAUCAGAAGGCUGUGUGAAACUCUGUCACGUUAACAGGCCAAAGGAAUGAAAAUAGAUGGCAUGUUCCGGCUACCUAAGUCAUCAAAUACCCCUGCCACAGCAACAGCUGAUUUAAUUGUCCGCUUUCAGACCACUUAGGAUAGGGCCCUGUUCCUCAAGGAGGUUAGAGGGAAAACACCAGUCCAGUUUGAGGGCUAAUCAAUCCUUAUCUUCCCUGACCUCACAAAGAGCACACUGGCCUGGAGAAGAUCACUGAAGUCGAUGCUACAAGUCCUCCGAGACAAGUAAGUUCCCUACUGCUGGGGCAUCCCCAGAUGACUGAUGUUCUCCUACCAAGGAAACAAUCACAGAGUGCCGAGUCUCCAAGACCUAGAAGACAGCAUGAGCAGAAUGGGCCUCACUAAUGUCACCAGAGUGACAGAUAUCGGCCUGACCGGCCUGGAUCUAACGAAUAUCCCUAUAUUUACCCUUCUACUCCCCUCGAGACACACAUCCAGGAUGGCGGUCACUUGACUGGCACUCAAUAUACUGUCCCCCGGCGGCAGUGAGCGCCACCUAGUCUGGAAUGUUAAAUACAACCUAUGUUCUGCUGGGAUUAUCUUUUUCUGUAGUAUUUCCUUUAAGUGUUGUUUUUGUUUAUUCAUUUUUCUUGGUUUUUCUCUACCAUUUUAAUUAUUGAUCACUAGCUCACUUUAAGUGGUCUUUUCUCACCCUCUGAACUACAGUUCAGACUAUCCACAGGGAUGCUCUCCAUCUCUGAACCUACUUGGGUUCCCCCACAACGAUCUAAGGCAAUUCACACUAGCCGACAAGAGAGCACCCAUAUAAGCAUAAUAUGGAGGGUAAUACUUCUGUCUCUCCCACCCCCCCACACAUUUCCCAAGUUGGUACUAGAAUAUAAUCUGUUAUAGUAUGGGUGGGGGUAACCUCUCCAAGAGGUAGUAUUGAGCCCAAUGGAAUAUGUCAGUUGAAUUUUACAUGUCCUACAUUUUGUCAAAAAAACAACUCUCUCUUAACUACUUAUAUUCAUAUUACAUAGUUACAUACAUGGUUACAUAGCUGAAAAGAGACUUGCGUCCAUCAAGUUCAGCCUUCCUCACAUUUGUUUUUUGCUGUUGAUCCAAAAGAAGGCAAAAAAAUAGUUUGAAGCACUUCCAAUUUUGCAACAAGCUAGGAAAAAUAUUCCUUCUUGACCCCAGAAUUGCAGUCAGAUCUAUCCUUGGAUCAAGCAGUUAUUACCCUACAUUGAAAGAUUAUAUCCUUGAAUAUUCUGUUUUUGCAAGUAGGCAUCUAAGUAGCUGUUUGAACAUCUGUAUGGACUCUGAUAUUGUGUUACUACUGGUUAUGAUGUGCAUAUUGUAUCUAUCUUCUGCAAUGUUAUAUUUUAUUUUGUACUUAUAAGUGAAGUGAUGUACAAAUAAAGAAUAAAAAAAAGUACCCAAAUUGACUGUGUUGGAUUUUCACUGAAAAGCCAACCCAGUCAAAGAUAUAGUGAGACACAGUAGGGGACUCUUUUGUCUCAAUAUUUUUCCUAUGCUUAAAACUUCCUGACAGUGGGUGGAGCUGCCAAUGUCAAGCUGUCAAAUUAACAGGGUCCUCCAUACACCUCGCUGCUGAACUUUUGCGGCCACCAGAGCUGCCAUAUCACCGUCAGGGGUCUCUGUAAAUUAUGCAAAGUCCACAACAAUAAUAUUGCUGUGUUAAACCACAUAGUGUUAAAACCACCAUUUAUGUGGCUUGUGCCCUUUUAGCCCCCUUAAAAGGUAAUAAAAUGUACCUUAUUUCCAGCGUUUGCGUGGGCCUGCUUUUGCUGGCUCCACCCCAUGAUCUAAGGAGUGGCCAGUGGCGGUAUCCCUAGGGAGCAAUGUGAAAAGGCAGUGUUUUGCAUGCAAAUGCCUGUGUGUAACGAUUAUACUCACCAGAACAACUACAUUAAGCUGUAGUUGUUCUGAUAACUAUAGUGUUCCUUUAAGGACUCUACAGAAAUUAAAUACUUCUUAAAGACAGUUUUUAAUAACUGCAUUGCAAACCUCCCCUCCCCUCCCCAACCACCACUAGAGAUAAGCUAUUUACCUCGCCCACCCACCCCAUGCUUAUUUCCUCAUUUAUAGAUAGUCUCCCACACAACUUUCAAUCUCCUGAAAAGACAGGUGCAAACACUGAUCAGCACACCCUUCCAAUCGCUUAACCCUAUAGAACACAUACCCUCUCUCCCUACAAAUACAUAUAUCACACACCAAUACUAUAUACUUUUAUUUAAUUUUUGUUUUUCGCAAUUUCUGUUUCAUUUUCAACUCCACACCUCAUACUACUAACAUGAAUCCAAAUAUAACCAUACUGAUAUUCUUAAUAACCCUUUUUUCAAUCCAAUUUUGUUCACACCACCACCAGCAUAACACACACCUCAAACUGGAACACAAAUUAUCAUACACCAUGGCCUGCUCUGUUCCUAUAACUUAUCUGCUGAGUUCUGGUGGAGAGUUAUAAAAAAAUAGCCCUCCUACCCCCACCUCACAAAAUUAUAAAGUAUCCCAUUCACUAUAUGGCCAAACAAAAAUUAUGUCCAAAUUCCUAUUCCUUAUGUUACUUGCCCUUGCAAAUGAUGUGGAGUCUAACCCUGGUUCCCCAGCUAAUUCUAGUCCUAAUCUCCCCACUAAAAAAGUCCUCUCUUUUGUGCACUGCAACAUCCGUAGUUUACUCCCUAAACUGGAUGCACUGCAAGCCUGGUGUUCCCAUUACAAACCAAAAAUCAUUGUGCUCUCAGAAUCAUGGUUAACGACUAAAAUACCAGACACGCCAUUGCAAUACAGGGUUAUUCAUGUUUUAGAAAUGACAGAGCAAAGAGAGGAGGAGGCAUUGUUAUUUAUGUUGACUAUUCCAUAAAGUUUACCCAUUUACAAAACCUUAGUCCUCCUGCCACCUUCCUUUGAUUUCCUUUCUGGCACAAUUGAAAUCCCAUGCAGUAAAUCAAUCAUUGUUGCAGGAAUCUACCGCCCACCUAGCUCCCCUGUGCAUUCCCUUUCUGACAUAGCCCAUCUCCUUAGUGAAACCAUAGCUCAAAAUCCUAAAGGUGGACUGUUGGUUAAUAUUGAUUGGCUGAAUCCUAAAAAUAAUAGUUCUUGCACGCUGUUUAAGACUUUGCAGCUAACACAAUUAAUCUCCUCCCCAACUCGCAUAAACAUUAAAAGCCAUAACCAUACCCUGCUAGAUUGGAUUCUCUCCACUUCUCCUGAUAGAAUCCAGGAGGCCGGUGUUCUCCCAAACACUUUCAGUGAUCACUGUUUAGUGUACUGCAUGCGCAAAAUAAAGGCUACUAAAUCCACUUCCAAGGUUAAAAUAACUAGGUCCUUCAAAAAAUGUAAUCUUGAAUCCUUUCUAAAGGACAUCAAGAACCUCCCAUGGCACAGAUUAAACAUUAUCCCAGAUCUAGACUGUGCUGUUGAAUUUUUUUCAGUCUGAACUCCUACAAAUUUGGAAUUUGCAUGCCCCGCUGCGUAAGGUAAUGGUAAAAGAAGCACAUAUGAACUGGAUCACAGCCAAUCUCAUCCAAAUGUACCAGUUUCGGGAUUCUUUGUGGUCAAAGUUUAAGCGUACUGGCUCUAUGAAUGAUCACCGUGCAUAUAGACAAUGGCGAAAUAUAUGCACAAAACAGACAAAAUUGGCCAAGGCCCAAUAUUUCUGUGAAAUUCUGAACAAUAACAUCUCAAACCCUAGAAACAUUUGGAAAGUCAUAAAUAAACUACAAACUCCCCCAAUCUACUCACAACCCUCCACUGUCAAAAUGGAUAACCAAACCCUGCAACUUCCCUUAGAUGUAGCAAAUGCCUUUAACAAUUAUUUUGUCGGAUGCUCUACUGCCCUGAUUGCCAAGCUAAUAAAUGACACGCAUCCUGAAACUACAAAUGUGGAUCAGGCCCCACUAAAUUUGCAAAGUCCCAAUAUAGACAAGUUCAUUUUUAGACCUGUACCUGUUAGUGUCAUUGAAAAACAUCUUAAUAAUCUAAAAAUGAAAAACCAGUCCGGACCUGAUCAAAUCCCAGCAAUGCUGUUGAAGCUCAGUGCGCCGGCAAUUGCUAAACCCGUCGCAACUCUAAUUAACGAAUCCUCGGUGUCUGGAUACAUACCCAAACUUUGGAAGACUGCGAGAGUAGUGCCUAUCCAUAAAAGUGGGGACAAUACUUUUGGUUUCUAACUAUCGCCCAAUAUCGAUGCUCCCGGUAUUGUCAAAAAUCUUAGAAAAAUGUGUCCAUACGCAACUAUGUGAGUACUACCAACAAUCAAACUAUCUGACCCCUGAUCAAUCGGGCUUUCACCAGAAUCACUCCACUACAACUGCCCUCUUAAAAGUUUGCAAAGACAUCCAAACUGGCAUGGAACAAGGAGACCUAACUGGAGCUAUUUUCCUUGAUUUUGCUAAGGCCUUUGACACAGUAGACCACGACAUUCUACUGCACAAACUCAAAAACUCAGGUAUUGGUGAUCGUUCGCUAAACUGGUUUCGAUUGUAUGUAUAGGAUCGCUCGCAAUAUGUGUCCAUUUCUGACAGCAACUCCCUCCCCCUCCCAGUCACGUGUGGUGUUCCCCAAGGUUCCAUUCUCGGCCCCCUACUAUUUACAUUAUUUAUAAAUGAUCUGCCUAAUGUCUGCAAAUCCUCAAAUGUACACAUGUACGCAGAUGACACGGUAAUCUAUGCGAGCAAUUCCGAUCUACUGCAGCUCGAGGCUGUGCUCCAAGACCAAUUUACAGAGGUAGAAAGGUGGAUCGCAAAAAACAAACUCUUCCUGAACACGGACAAAACUGUCACAAUGAUCUUUGGAACAGUACCUAAAUUACACAAAUUACACAAUUCCCACCUAUCCAUCAAAACAAAUUCAAAUGGCACACUGACCCCAGUCCACUCUUUCAAAUACUUGGGUAUGAUGUUAGACAGCAAUCUAUCUUUUGGCCUGUACAUAGAAAAGCUUGCAUCAAAACUAGGUGCCCUGUACAGAAACAAAUCCCGCCUAAGCCUUACAGUAAAGGAAAAGAUUGUACAGCAAAUACUGAUGUCAAUCAUUGAUUAUGGGGAUGUAGUUUAUGCAUCUGCAUCGCAACCCCACAUUAAUAAACUCAACACAUUGUAUAACUCGUUCUGCCGAUUUGUGCUACAAUGUAAUUACAGGACUCACCAUUGUGACAUGCUAAAAUAACUAAACUGGCUGUCGCUGGAAUCCAGACGCACCCUUCUUCUUUCCAGCCUUGUGUUUAAGAGCUUUUAUGGGAAACUCCCACCCUACCUGAACACAAUGCUUUCCUUAGCUGUUCCCACUUCCUAUAACCUCCGAUCCAGUACCAACACUUACUUAGUCUACCUCAAUACUAAAAGAAAGCAGCCCGAUCCUCCAUCUCCUACAGAGCACCGCAAUUAUGGAACGACCUCCCGCACAAUUUAAAAUCUUCCCUGAGCCGAAAGUCCUUUAAGAGAUCCCUCUCUACAUACCUCAAAACAGAAUGCACCUGGUUGAUGGUUGAUUAUAUAUUUCCUGCCUGUUUUAUGUUAAAUUUUGUAUAUAUUGUGUAUUAAUAUUGUUUUUGUAUUUUAUUGUACCCUAAUUGUAACAAUGCAAUGAUUUGUGGACCCAGGACAUACUUGAAAACGAGAGAAAUCUCAAUGUAUCUUUCCUGGUAAAAUAUUUUAUAAAUAAAUAAAUUUUGAGAAAAAUGCUAUGCACAGAUAAAUAAAUAUGUAAACGUUUUAAAGGACUAACCAAAAGUGAAUCUGAUGGAGUAACAUUUGUUUUAGUUUUUUGCGUGAUUUAAAACACUUUUUUUAUUUUUUUUCUGUGGGGGGUUCUUUGAGAAACUGUAAAAUAUUUUUCCCCAGCAUAACUCUUGUAUCUAGCCUUAUCUAUACAGUGACUCGAUGCUUAGGAAAAAAAGUACAUUAAUGCUUUUCUGUUUAAAAAUUUUUUUUUGUAUGUUUAAGAUGGACCAUCCCUUCCUCAAUCUUAGAACCACCUACUAGCUAACGAAAAGUUAGAUAUUGGUUAAACUACUUUUUUUUUUUUUUGCAUACGUCACUGGGCAAAGUUUGGCAAAGUAUGUAAGUUAGUUAAGAUGUGCACUAUCAUAUGCAUGGUGCAUGCAUAUGUUCGGAGUAUAUCUUGUGUUUGUGCACGUAACACACUUCUCCAUCAGAUGCCCAAGUGCAUAUGCGCAUGCCUGAAGCAUCCUGUAGUGGUUGCAACACAGAUGUGCAGUGGAGGGCCCUUCAGGUCAGCCUGGUGAAAAUUUGGACUGCCCCGCCGAAAUCAAGACGGUUAAGGGGGACAUGAUUUCGUAAAGAUUCUAUCUUUAUGAAAUACUUAUUUUGGAGUUGGGGUGUGAGUCACAGCCUAGAGAUUUGUUGCUAGGGCUGCCUAAACAUAGUGAUUUCAUUACUAAAUAACAGAGGAUUGAGCAAUGAUGUGCUUACUGCUUAAUUAUACUGUUUAUCCAUUUUUUUUUUUUGUCAAUUGGAAUUAUACCAAAAUUAUUUGACUGUUUGAGAAAAAUCUAGAGCACAAUUAUAUCAAAGGUCCUGUUUAUGAACUGAAAUGAGGAUGGGCCCCACCUGCCUGUAACUUCAUUUGCCCUCUGUUUUCAAAUCUACUUUUUAAUACUGGCUGCCUCAUUCCAUAAACGUUUUGAGUUAUACAGGAAACAUCUGCGAGGUGGAUAUUCCCACUCAUCUAAAAUGUAUGUGAAACGUUAUCCCUCUGUUCAGGAAGUUAAUUAGAGACGUGUCUUGGUUCCAUAGCUGACAUUUCUUUGGUUUCCUUCUGCAAAACCAAAAAAACUAAAAAGAACUACAAUUAUAUUUCGUAUUAAGAGAAGGUUAACAAAAAACAUAAUCAACAUUGUUAUCUCAAUGUGUAGUGUAGUUGCAUUUUAUGAGAUUUAUUGCAAACCUACGUGCAUUUAAAUCCAUAAUACAAAUCCACAAUUUAAGAUUUAUUUUCAGGCUACUUGUGUAUGUUAAUGUGAUAUGGAUAGGGGGUAGUCUGCUCUGGAUUUCAUUUUCUUUUUUAGCUCGUAUGCAAUCCACAUGCUGUUUUCACAGACUAAAGCUACACAAGGGUUGUCUAGUUAGCUUGCAACAGAUUGGAACCCUGGAUUGGAAACCGUAACAUAAAACUUACUAAGAUUCCAAAAACUUUUUUUUUAUUUUUAUUUUUUAUUUUUUAAAAAUUUUUUUGUCGAAUCUCUCUCUGGUGUAAAAAAAAAAAAAAAAAGAUAAAUAAAAUAAAAAAGGGGAGGUCAGUACCCACAUAUUCUUUGUACCGUAACCACUACACCGAUGCUGCCUGUGUUUUUCUGGGAGUUCUGGGAAUGUAAAACAUUGCUGUUUUAGAGAAAAUGCAUUUUGCCUGAAAAAUGCCUCUAGUGAGUGACGUGUGAAUUUCUUUACUUAAAUUUGUGAAACCAUUCUGAUUUUCCAUUUUAUGGGCUUAAUGGAGGCAAUAUUAAUGGCAGUGCGGAAAAAUGAAGCAGUCUCAGGAUGGAUACAAAGCAGAAUGAAUGAGCAGUUUUCCAAGUAAUGACUCAUGGAAAAUAUAUUUUCUAAAGGGAAUAAGUCAUUUUGAGUGUUUGUAAAAGUAAACCUUUUUUCUUCCAACAAUUUAACUCCAGGUCUUUUCCAGUAAUGCCCUGUUUAAAGUGGAUGUGUUAUUUGCUGUAUAAAUUUGAUAAUGAUUCUAUAUUACACUGAUGUAUCUAAUUGUGAACUUAAAAAAAUAAAUUAAGCGGAUAUUCAGUACUUCAUAUAUAUAUAUAUAUAUAUAUAUAUAUAUAUAUAUAUAUAUAUAUAUAUAUAUAUAUAUAUAUAUAUAUAUAUAUAUAUAUAUAUAUAUUCUUUCUGAAAUACUCAUCAAAACUGUGUUGGACUUUCACUGAAAUUCAAUACAAUCCAAACAUACCAUCAGACAAAGUAGGGACUAACUUGUCUUAUGGAAAAGCCUGAGAUUGCCAAAAGGUAGAGCUCUGCCGUCUACUUUUUUAUAAUCCCAGCAGCUGUCACUAAUGAGGGCUGUUGGAUUAAGGCUCUGUCUAUGUAGGUAAGAUCCUGCGGUUCCAUUUUAGAAAGGCCUGUAUUUACCUGGUUCUGGACCAGAUGACUGCUGUUAAUUACAAUUUGUAUUGCAUUGUAUAAUGCCCUUCUUUUUUUUUUUUUUUUUUAUUCUUUAUUUUUGUAGUGCACGCAUAUAUUACAGGCAGGCUUGAAGUACCCCAAAAGUUUCCCACGUGAGCAGGCGGGGUGUAUUUUUAACUGGCACAAUUUUUUUUUUAUCAGGCUUAAGAAACAUAGCAUUAAAGUAUCGAUUUACAUGUAGGUAUAUAUGUUAUGCAAACAUAUUUGGUUCAUGUGUUAACUGUGGUAAUUAGUAACAUGCUAGAACUGGAUAGAUUAUUUCCAUGUAAGAGGUACGAUUUUAGUGUAUAUGCUAGCAAACAUAUUACAGGUAAUGAUAGAGACCUCGCUUAGUGUGCAUUAGCACGGAGCCAGAUUUGCUAGACAAGGUUAAGAAUAUUGAGGCGUAUACUUAGCGUAUUCAUUUCUGUUAGUUAUCUUAGCUGAAAUAUUAAACUUAAUAUUGACCAUGACUAACUUUCAAACUUUCACCAAAGUCAACGCUUGUUAGGUAAUGUUGUAAUACAGUAACCAGGGAUUAAAUGACUUAAAACAUAUUGUAACAUAAAUUUAACAUAAGAAUCCCUGGUAGCUUUGCUUAUCUGCAUGAGAAAGAGUCCUCGGCAGUCCAGGGUUAUGCACAACAGCCGUGCAGGUGAUGGCGACCAUCGUCCCUGUGAGGUGUGAAGCAGGAGACGGCAGGUCGGUAAAAAUCAGCGGAUUGGGAGUUCGUGUUGCAGCACAGGAAACCUUUCCCCUUGCUCAUAUGAAGUAUGUAGGUCUAAGUCCCCAGGGUGGUCUGUAAUCAGCCGACGCCCGCUCUGUGGGGCCGUUGGAGUAGUGUGGGUGCCGCUCGGGCCAGGGUGCGUGAGCCCAUUGUGGGUACAGUCCCAGUGCCCCUGCUGAUUCUCUGUGUGUCGUUUGGGGGGUGAGUUUUGGUAGCCUCCCGGUUAAUGUGGUGGCCAGUGACUUUUUCUGUUCCCUCUCGUCGGGUCCUUUCCAAAGCCCAUGUGGGAUGUUCGCCGCUCCGAUUGCUCCCACCUUCCCGAGCCUGAGCCUGGGAGGUGGCGAGUUCCGCAUGAUGGUCGGUGGUUUCAGACGCAGUAGGGUGGCGAGCGGGUCAGGCGAGGUGGGUGUUCCCCCAUUGGUGUGUGCUCGAGCGGGUUCUGGUGCCCGGGGGGUAAAUCAAUUUUGUCUGCCAACCGGGUUCUCUGUUUCUCCUCCGGGAGACCACCCUGGGAGCUGUGGGCAGGUAUCUGCAUAGUUGGCGUUGGAUUGUAGGGCGAAUCCAUGACGCUGCUUGUUUCAACGCUAGCUUAAAGAUCCGGCCUUUGGUAUGGAGUUCUGUCCAGAGGCUUGCACCAAGCCGGUCAAAGAACUCUAGAGUAUAUAUUGGUGGCUUGAUGUGGGCUCUCCCCUUCGCGGGCCGCAUCCCAGCCACCAUCUUGGUUAGGGCCUGGCAUUUCUGCAUUUCUGCCUGUCUGUGGGCUUUGUCGCUUGAUUGGGGGUGAUCGUCCCCAGUGAGGACUGGGAUAACCCCCGCCGAUCCAGGGGGGGGGCAGCAGGGCAUUGUGUGCUUCUCGUUUGUGAGCGGGUCCCUUGCCUGGUGAUCGGCCACCUCCCCCAUGCUGCAGGCUCCGCUUCGUCUUAGGCCUCAUGGCCGGUUCAGGCUCUUGUAGUGCAGAUCGGCGCGGGACAGGUAUCAUUCUGUUCCCUGCUAGGUCCUAUGUCACCUUCCAAGCUCCUUAAGUUUCUGGCUUCUGUUUUUUGGACAGGAUUAGUGGGAUAGUGUCUGCUGGUGCUGGAGCUUUCAAAAAUCACAUCCGGCCAUCUUGGCUAUCAGGCCCCGCCCCGUAUAAUGCACUUUAAACAUAUGCUCAAUACACUUCAUAAAAGUUUGCAGUUUCUGUAAUGAAUUUUGCUAAUGGCGAUUAGCCAACUUGCCACAUUGACUGCUGCAGUCUUGAGAGGCUCAGGAAAAAAAAACACGUUUUUUCAAGCGGUUUUUAUGAAUAAGGGAGCUAUAGAUUGACUAGGAGUGUCAACUGCCCAAUGCUUCCCUAGCCUUUUGUGAUGAAGAAUUUCAGAAAGCGGAAGGACAGAGUAGAGUGAUUGUAAGUUCAGCAGGUCCUUCUUCAUCACUGGUCUUUUAAUAUUUGUCAAUUGUCAAUUACCUAUUGUCCAGUACCCCAUUCUAUAAUUAUAAAGCGCUGCGGAAUAUGUUGGUGCUAUAGAAAUACUAAUAAUGGUAAUUUGCAGGUAAAACAUACACAUCCCCUUCUCUUGUGGCUAACUGUUUCCAGUUCUCAUUCUCCAGACUGGACCAUCCAGUUCCUGACCCAGUCCCCUAACCCCAUCCCAAAACUUUACCUCCCAGGGGUGAAGCAUAUAAAAUAAGUCCCUGUUUAGUGUUGGAAUUUAGAAUAUGAAUGGAACUUCUGCCCAGUCUUAUUUAUAGCUCCGUUCGUGGUUUCAUGACUGUAGCAUUCGAUGCACAUACGAUGAGAUUGGGCUUCAGCUCCUUUAUAAAAAAAUAAAUAAACUUGCGGCCAUUGGCAGCAAUUAUAAGCUGCAAGCUCUUGGGAGGGUUCAUCCUGUACUCACAUCCUAUCGUUGCCAUUGACAUUUGGAUGUCUUUGUGUGGGUAAUGUAAACUUCUACAUUGCAUCAAGAGGAGGGGCAGGCUUUGAGAUUUUGUCAAACAUCUUAAAAAAUAAAUAAAAUAAAAAAUAUUUUAAAAGGCAGUGUUUACGUUCCAGACUAGGAACACCUCCAGUGGCAGUUAGUCAGAUGGCUACUAGAGAUGCUUCCUGGGUCACUGUCUCCACGCUCUGCAUGUAGACAAUGAAGGCUCCCCAUAGUGAUGCAAUAGCCUCUCAGUGCUUUCCUAUGGGAAACUAUUGGAUUGACUGAGAUCAUCAAGUUUAAUCAUCUCAGCCACAAAGGCAGAGCAAGGUGGGCUCAUCUAUGAUUAACUGGCACUGUAAUGGGAAAAAAGGUAAGUAAAAUCCCCUUUUUAAAGUAAGUAGGCCUAAACAGUGCUUUCAAAACUAUAGUGUCAGGAAUUCCUGACACUAUAGGGUUCCUUUAACCCCUUAAGGACACAUGUGUGACAUGUCAUGAUUCCCUUUUAUUCCAGAAGUUUGGUCCUUAAGGGGUUAAAGGCUACUUGUUUUGCACAUGUAGUAGUUUUUGUAACGGUUUUUAACAAGGAUUUAUUUUUGCAUUUAUAUGCAUAUUUUUCACAGGGGAAGCUAAUGGGUGCGGUUUGAAUUUUCCUUUGGGAGAUAAUGUUUACAUGGCUGUAAUGAAGGGAAUCCUUAACCAAUGACUUAAAAAAAAAUCACUAAGUGGAAUUUUAUUUCCAUAUAAGGUCGCUUCAAGCAAGCACUGGCUCUGUUCCCAAACACUCAACAAGUCAAGUACUGUGCUAAUGCUGCUUAACCCUUUAAGGACCAAGCUUUAGUUUGCUUGUUUAGUAUUAAAGAACUAAAUAUUUAUUUAUUUUUUUUAUUUUUUUAUGUGUGUGUGUUGUCAACUGCAAUUUACAUCUCUCAUUUAUCGCACCAAUGCAUAGUAAUAUAUAUAUAUAUAUUUAUUUUUUUAAAUUUGAAGGACAAAAAGGGGUUAAAUUUGAUGUGACAUGUAGCUAUAUAUACAUCAUCAAUUAUUGUACUAGUUGAAAAAAAAACACAUGCAAAAAAAAAAAAGCUUUAGAAAAGUAAUUUAAAGUACAGUAAUUUAUUUGUCCUGAUUUACAGAGUAAAUCAAAUAGAAUUUCAGUUUAUUUUCUGUUACUUACAGGCCAUAAAGUAAAAUACAAUUUAAAUGUGGGAUGAUUCUAGCAUUCAGUAUGGCUUUUCUUCUAGGUUUAUUAACCAUUACAGAAAACAAAAUUGUCACACGUAUAUUUAUAUUAACUAGACAUCACAGGGCAAUUACCGAAGCAUUUGACUGCCAAUCUCCGCUAAAUAUAAUGUAGCAAAAUUGUGUUUCUGUGUACAUACACAUAGAACACAAUUUUUUGAAGUCCUUUUGAGUUCGGUCAAAUUUUGGGAUUUCAUAUAACACUUUAUGUGUGUUUUGUAAGCCUGAUGUGUGCUACAGUGUGAAUUUUGAUAGAUGAAUUUGAUUUGCCUAUAUCUUCAUAGCAGGGCUUCGUAGCAGUUUGAAAGUUCAAAUGAUCCCAUAGAUGCAUGCUAUUUAGCAAAGUACACACCACGAGGUAUGUUUAUAUGCAGUGGUGUACCUACCGUGGUCGCAGCUGUGAUUGGGCCUAUCACUCCAGGCAGGCCAGCCACCCUGCCAAUCCCUGCAAACGGGUGCCCGCUGACAAUGGGUUGUGGCACAGGCGGUACUACCACAGGGGCUGUGCAUUGGGUGGCCAUUGCUCUUAGGGCCACCCGAUGCAAUGUAUUUUCAGGGGCCUGGUCAGCGCUGCUGCACUUUAAGUGGGCCCCGUUGUCAUGAUGUCAGCUUGGGAGGAAGUGAGCUGUCACUUCCUCCCAGCUAACAGAGCCCUGCGGUUAGAGGAAGAGGAGAGCGCCGCACAGGACGAGGAGGAAUGGGUGGGGGUCAGAAUGAGAGCUCUGUCUCCCAUCAGCCUGAGCCAGCCACUCGUCCCCAGGAAAGUCACCCUCCUGCACCUAAAGGGUAGGAAACAGGAGGGUGACUAAAGUACAGUUUGCAUGUGUGUCUGUAUGUGUAUCUGUAUAUGUGUCAGUGUUUGUAACUGUAGGAGUGUCAUUAUGUGUAACUGUAUGUGUGUUAGUUUGUGUGUCUGUCUAUUUGCACGUGUGUCAGUGUGUGUAUCUGUGUGUGCCUGUGUAUCGGUAUGUCUGUAUCAGUGUAUGUGUUAUAUGGUUUGUAUGUCAGUGUGUGUGUUUUUCUGUUUAUCUGCAUAUGUGUUAGUGUAUGCACCUGUAUGUCUGUGUAUCUCUCACCCCCACACACACGGUCACCCCCCUGCACCCUGCCACACUUACAAUAACUCUGCCAAUCCCGUCAUUCACCCAUGCCAUACCUCAUAUCGCUCUGCCAUACUAACACUCACCUCUCACUGUAAUGCUCACCCCCCGUCCCCCAACCCUGUCAUACUCCUUCUCCAUCACUCUCACACUCUCCUUCUUUCACCCUACCACACUCGCCCAAUCACAUUAACCCCUCCCUAUUCUGUUAUACUCAUCCCCCCAACCAUGCCACAAUCACCCUGUGGGGCGUGAAUGUGACAUACAGAGUAGCUGGGGGGUGGGUUGAAUCCCAGUGCAAUUUUCACACCGGGGCCCCCGUGAUUUCUUGUUACGCAGUUUAAACCUUGUGUACAGCUAUUUUUAACUAAUUUCUUUUCAAAUUUAUGGUGUUGUUUUAAUUUCACAUUAUUUUACAUGCACAUUGCAAUUUAGUGGCUUAUUUUGUAAACUUGAGAUGUGCUACUUCUCCAGUGUUGCAAACGCAGGCUGCUAUAACUCCACCCCCUUUUAGGAUGCUCCAUGUGUGCUCCGACAUCGUGACACAGAUGACAUCCCACGACGUCAGUAUCAGCGUUUUUUGCAUGUUUUGGGUUCUAGCUACCUAAAUAAGGGGCCACACUACAAAUCACUAGUUCUGGAUUAGAUCCCAUGCCGGGGACCCAGCUCUAAACGCCGGCGGGUGGCAUAGCAUGUCAACGCCGUCCAAUGUACUUACCUGCUCGCUGACGAUCCCACGCCGGCGAUCAUGAUGGGGGGAACUUACCUGCCAUCCCAGGGAGUCCCCCUGCUGCCGAUCUGGCCCUCCUGGGCCUUGUGAUCGCGAGGUCCUUGUGAGGACCUCACGAUCACAUGGACGGAAUAGCCGUCCAUAGCAGUGCCAGCAGGGGGAGUGCCUGGAAUGACAGGUAGUCAGGGGGCCAGUCUUUUUUAGUAGCCACUUGGUCACAAACACUGGCCAUAGUUUGCAUUAAUUUAAUGACAUACCCCAUUUGCAAUACCUUGGGUUGUCUACUAUUGCAAAUGGUAUGCAAUCAUGGGGGUAAUUCUCAUUCCUGGGCUACCAUAUGGUCUCAAAGGCAACGUUACCAAUCUGGCGAAUUUCAAUGUGAAAAAACUGAAAAAUGUAGCAUGCUCUAUUUGACCCUGUAACUUCUCAAAACACCAUAAAACCUGUACAUAGGGGAUACUGUUUUACACGUGAGACAUUGCUGAAUACAAAUAGGUGGAAGGAAGGAAGAAUAACAACCAAAUAGAUCAUGUGUAUAGGUAACAUCUGAAACACUCCAAUGUUUAUAUUUACAAACAACAAAUUGGUCUGGAAUGUUAUGAAUAAGUGCAGAAUAAAAGUUUAUCUAGAAAUGUAUUAUGCUUAAGUGUAAAGGGCUUUAAUGUGCAGGCCUAAUAGCAUAUAUAUAUUCAGCCAAUCUCCCUACUAACAUUGCUAGCAAAGGAAACCAGGGUGGAGGUGGUUAAAUAAUCCCUGUACACAUGGGAAAACCACGUCAGUUAAACUUGUACACUGCUGAGAACCAUUGCUUCAGUCUCCUAUAUGAGAUAAAAUGAUAUCCAGGAGGUAAGCAGUAUAUAGAUGUAUAAUUAGAUAGCAGUAAGGUAAAAGAGUAGUAAUAAGAAGUGACAGAGCAACAGUAAAUCUCUCUCCCUGGUAAACUAGCUUGACAAAGGAGUCAGAAAGUAUAAUGGUGAAGUUAAAAAAUCAUGUCUAUAUUCAUAUAGAUAUCACCAGGUGCAAAGUGAUGAGUGCCCAAAAUCCGUCCUGAACCCAACGCGUGCUUCGGUGCAAUCUUAGGUGCACCUUCGUCAGGGGAACCUGACAAAGGUGCACCGAAACGCACGUCGGGUUCUAGCUGAUAUUGGAGUAGCUCACAAGGCUAGUAUUUUUACUUUUUUAUUUCUAUCACUAUACCGUAUACCCUGACGGACUAUCUCUUCUAUACCAUACCUUUAUAUAUUACUGUGCAUAUUACACUCUAUAGGAUACCUAAUCUAUUUCCAGAUUUGCACUUAAUCACUCACUUAUUCAUCGUGUGGAUUAAGUGCAUAUUGACUAUAUUAGAAUAAAAUACACCAAUGACGACUACAGGGAAAUUGGUCUCAAUGGUGUACUCUUACACAUGCGCAUCUCUCUGAAGCUUCAGGAGCUGAAGAGGACACAACUGGAGAGGAUUGUGGUGACCAUGAGGGACAGGUUCAGGUAAGUAGAUCUGGCAUUCCCUGCCCCCCACCCUCCUAGCCAGUGGACCCACUGGCGGAUCCAGUGGGGGCAACGGGGCAAUUGCCCCCCCCCUCAGAGUUCCUCCCCUGCCGGAUAAUGCAGGGCUGGCAUUGUUCAAGUGCCAGCUCUGCAAUGUGCCUGCAGACUGGGGAGGGAGAUCAGAAAUCUCCCUUGUUGGUCAGCAGGCACCGUGCUGGCAGCCGGCAGGGGAGGGAUGGAGACAGGACCCGGGAGCUCAGCCUGCAGGUUACCAUGAGCAACGCUCCAAAUCUCGCGAAAGUGAACUCUAGCCCUGGAGCUACGGGCUAGAAUUCACUCUAACCACUGGGACCACUCGGAUUCCCCACCGGACCACCAGGGAUCCAGAAAUAAAUGUAUUUAAUUUUAUAAAUUCUUUAUAUUUUUUUUAUCAAAAAGCCCCCCUACCCGCCUCACCACAAAUUCACACAUUGCCCUCCCAUACACACAUAUAGACUGCCCCCCAUACACACACUGCCCCUACACAUACAAACACACUGCCCCACACACAUAUACACUGCCCACCCAUACACACUCCCCCACACACAUACAGUCCCCCAUACACAUACACUGUCCCCCAAACACACACCAUACACAUUCACACAUUGCACCACACACACACACAUUUCUCCACACAUACAUACAGAGCCCCCCACAAACACAUUGCCCCACACAUUCACGCACUGCACCCGUCACAUUACACCACUGCUCCUAUGCCCUACUACAGCCCCACAUCCCAGCAGAUCCCAGGUAAGUUUCCAAACUGUUCUUAAAUGGUUUGACUACUUACUCUGGUAGGGGGCACCAUAACAGAGCUGUAGUGGUUAUUGUGCAUGGAUUAUUUCUUUAAAUAAUAUAAAAGUGCCCCUCCCGAGAUCAGUCUCUGGAUCCGCCACUGAGCGGACCCGUAGCAGCGAUAUGGUUGUUGGGGUUCUUUGCAAAUUCUGUAAUGUCCCCAGAUGGUGACCGUGUCGCUUUAAGAAUAAAGGCUAUCAAAACUUGAACUCAUUCACUUAAAAGGAAACUAUAGUGCUAGGAAUACAAAGUUGUGGCAAGAUCAGACAUUUUGAAUCAACAACAGUAAUAUGGGUUUCAGUGAAUUCAAAAGAUUUAAAUGUAUUUAUAGCUGUAUUGUUUUCUUAAUGUGUUUUAAAUAGUUCUUUAAUGUGUUAACUUCAGUAAUUUUUGAAAAAUGUUCUCUCUCUUUGACAGGUAACUACACCAUGCCAGUCCAACAUAGAACAAUCAUUGUGACCAACACCAACACAUUAAGAUCUCCUGUUGGCAUUGUUCGCAUUCUUGCAGCAAUCUGUGCCUGUGUGACCUUCAGCUUGAUUGCACACAAAUCGGCUUGGAAUGGGAGUAUCGGGGACCUGUGUAUGUUCGCCUGGUGCUUUUGCUUUGCUGUUACCACAAUAAUACUUAUUGUGGAGUUUGCUGGUGUGCAAAGUCGAAUGCCAGUGUCAUGGAGAAACUUCCCCAUUACCUUUGCAAUGUUUGCUGUUCUUAUGUGCCUCGCUGCUACCAUUAUAUAUUCAGUUAACUUUCUUGUGAGCAAAGGGUACCAUGACGAACUACGGACAUACCAGAUUGUAGCAAUUGUAUUUUCUUGUCUAACAACAUUAGCUUACAUCAUUGAAGUAUCUUUAACCAGAGCAAGGCCUGGAGAAGUUACUGGAUAUAUGGCUACUGUCCCUGGACUUUUGAAAGUUAUUGAGUCGUUCGUUGCAUGCAUUAUAUUUGUGUUCAUUGCUGACCCACCUCAGUACACCCAAUAUGAUGCUCUCAAAUGGUGCUUGGCAGUUUAUUGUAUAUGCUUCAUUCUUUCGGUACUGAUAAUAAUUCUCUGCAUUGGGGAGUGCACUGGUUGGUUGCCCUGUGCGUUUAACAAGUUCCUAAGUGGUUAUGCCCUUUUAUCACUCCUCCUUUAUGCCACUGCCAUGGUAAUCUGGCCCCUCUACCAUUUUGACAGGAAGUUUGGUAACUCACAUAAAACAGGUGAUUGUGGACAUAACUAUAAGAUCUGUAAUUAUGAUAGAAGGGUAGCUAUUACUGUCCUAACAGCCUUUAAUCUUCUUACUUACAUUGCAGAUCUAAUAUUUUCUGCAAGACUUAUAUUCAUAACUACAUCUACUAUAUAAUGUUCAGGGAAGAUGGGUCCGUGUUCAAAUGAAGUUUAGGGUUUACUGGUGCCUUAUCCAGAAGUAUUUUAUUAUUUUCCAUUUCACAUGUGCUACUGCAAUAAAUCAGAAAAAAAAGAAAAAGUUUUUCUUCAACCCUUCUAAAUGUCAGCUGUACCUUCUUACAUACACACACAAAUAUAUAUAUAUAUAUAUUACAUACAUUUGGCACAGAUGCCAAAUAAAUAUAUGGUUUCAACAGCAUCUAUAAGUAGACAUACUUAAUGGCUUUAUUUUAACCAAUACAAUGGUUAAUUGUGUUUUGAUUUUCUUUUUUCUAUAAGUGUUCCUUAAUCAAAUCAUGAAACCCUAUUUUCCAUCAUAUUUCACUAGAGUCAGGUUAAACCAUGACUUUUAUUGAGCUCAUUUUCCAACGUUAAUCUUUGUACAACACUUAUAUUAGUCUCAUAAAAUAUACUAGUCAAGGAGUUGGCAACAUACAGCUUGCCACCUCCCUUCAAUUUUCAGAUGUGCAAGUCCUCAGGAUAAAAUCAUGGGCAUCUGGCCUGAGCCAGGAAACCACCAGAAGGGUGCAAUUUUUUCUUUUUUUUUACUAUGGCAGAGUAGGUACAUAUUUUCUAUAGGUGUUCCUAAAUCAAAUUAUUAAGUAAUGGCCCAUAUCUUUUGUGUGUCACAUAUCAGCUGCCUACUGUGCCCCAAUAUGCUGGUCUGGUUGGGAUGAAUGGGCAACGAUGGUGCUGUGUACUUACUGUGGUGUUCUUGCACUUCUCCUACACGCCAACAAAUGUGUGUUGGCGAUUGCACCAUUUCAUUCAUCAGAAUGCAAAUUCCGAACCAAAAAAAUCGGAUGAAUUUUAUCAGAAACUAAAUCGACUAAUGAGCUAAAUUAGGUUCGGACAAAACAACAUUUUAUUUUCGUCAAAAUUCACUCUGAAAAUUCAAAUUUACUCUGUGCAUAGGUCUAGCAGGUACUAUCUAUGUUAGCUACAAAAAAGUAAGAUAAUACUAAACGGCUUCCUAAUUUGAUAUCCUUUAAAGGGAGUCAUCUGCUCUCUUUUUUUUUUUUUUUUUUUAAAGAUCUAGAUGAAGGCGGCCCUCCAUCCAUUUACAAAUGGCCCUCAUGCAGAAAAACGUUGCUAACCCCUACAACUAGGCAUUCACAUCACAUACAUUUUACCUUUCUGUUAUAAUUCCGUGGAUGGACUAGUUUUAAAUUUGAUGACCUCCUCAUUUUGAAAAUAUCAUAACCAUUUCCCUGGCUGACUAUUUGCUCUUCCACCAAAGCCCACACACAAAUUCUAUAUGCAUUAUUGUAUUCUUUUACUCUUCUUUUAAAAGCCACCUUAGCACGUCAUUCAUACUCCUAUGAAUGACCAUAUCCUUUUCAGAAAAAAAUUAAAUCUACAUGUUGCGCUUGUGAAAUCAAGAAAAAGUACAUUUAUCAAAUAUAAUACAUAUCUUAAGUUUGCUUCUUAGCUUGUAUAUUAUGGUGCACGUGUUUAACUCCUUGCCAAUCACUCUUUAGUAAAUAAUUCUGUACGUUUGUUACAAGUUUGAGUAUUAUACUUUUAUAAAAAUGUCAAAUAACCAAAAUGAUGCCUAUGAUAUUUUGUGUGAGUAGGUGCAAAUAUAUAUAGUUAUUUGCCAUGUUACAGUAUUCUGAGAUAUUCCUUUAAUGUUUAGCAGCUACUGGUUUGUAAAAUAAAUAUUUAGUAUUUUAUUUUCUAACACUGUGCCUUAUUGCAUAUUAUAAGGCAUCUAUAAUUCUACAUUUGUCCACAAAAUACUUCUCACCUUGAUGAGAUUUAAAAGAUUAAAAUGAUAAAUACAGAGAUUGUUUUUAAAAUAGUUAUUCUACAAAUGAAGUCAAACAUUUCUGAACUUUUAUGAUUUUUUUUUUUCUUUCAGAAAUAUAAUGCAACUUUUGCACUAUUUUAGAUAUUGUUACAUUAUCUUACAAAUGUGUUUUUAAAUAUAUUCUUUUUCAAAAAUGUUUUCUAAAACUCUGUUUAUGUUUUGGAAGUAACAUGGUCAUUCCAUUUAAAAACACACUGCAUCAAUCAUAGAAAGUAUAUAUUUGUAUUAUUUCUUUAGAGGUUUCUAUGAUUGGUUCGCGUUUCAGUAGCAUAUAGUUUUCCUUUGCAGUACAUCAUCGUCAAGUAUUAUGUUUCCUGAAAAACUUAUAGUUUUACAUUUCUAUAUAGAUUAUGCUUGAAAUGCUUUAAAGACAAAUAUGUCAGUGUCUCUCCAACUCACCGUGACCAUAAAAAAAUACUUUUGAUGCAACAAUAUGCAAAUCAUUUUUGUGUGUUGGAGACAUACAGGUUGCCGCAAAGAAUGAUCACAGUAUUAACGAUGCUUUUCUUUUUUUUCCUCAAUGGCCAAUGUGCUCCUUUGGAAAAAGUGUGGGGUGAGGUUUAUCACAGUGUCUUGUUCUGAAAAGUGGCGCAUGAUAUAAAAGGGGAUGAGUCACCAGUGGAAUUUGCUGUUUACACGUUUUUUUUCUGUGAUUGCUCCUCCUUUAGUACUUUGCACUUGUUUCAUAAUACAACACUUUAAUAAAUCUCUCCUUGUGUGUCAAGUUUGACAAAGACCUCUUAGCAGGUCGAAACGUGGCUGCUCCAAUUGCUCUAUUAAAACUGCCUGCGGCUUGAACAACUUGAGUGCCUAGAGAAUUUCUUGGGUUGCCUUAUGGUUGUGGGAUUGCUGGUCCUGCUUCAGAGCACCGGGUGACUGCUGGGAUUGAGUGCGGCUCCUAUCAAUUUUGCGAUAUAUGAAAAAUUUGCAAAAAAUUACAUAUAGUACAAGUAAAAAAAUUAAAGCAUUUUUUUCUCCAUAAUUUAAACAUUGAUUGUCCCAGACAUGCUAGCUGCCAUGUGUAUUCAGGAUAUAUUUGUGAAUGUGCUGUAUGUCUCAGUUAUAUCACUAUUGCUAAACAUGUAUAACUUAUGUUAUGUUACAUGAAACACAAAAACAUUUCCUGUAUAUAUAUUUUUAUUUUCUAAUGCCAAUCACCUUCUUCUAUGCUUUACAAACUGUAAUAAAUGCAUUUAUAUAAAUUCAGACUGUGUUGUUUUAAAAAUACUCUGUGAGAAUUGGUUAAUUUUCUGUCCUUCCCGUGCAUUGAUUAAAAAUAUAUAGG